CAUACUUCUAGUAUAAAUGGACUGUCGGCCCCAUCAUUCAUGCAAUCAGGCAGAAACCUCCCUCAUAGUCAUGCGAUCAUUCUCCGCCUUUUUGUGUGCAGUCCUCAUCGCGGCCAGCAGGUCUACCUCAUGGGCCUCUGUCACCAUCCCGUUGACAAAGAUUGAGCUUACUGGGUCGUACCUUCAAGGCUCUCCACACGCUGAUCGUGCCCUAGUGUCGUUCUUAGAGACAACCAGUGGCCCAAAGACCGUCCCGGCUACAAGCAUGGGAUACCAGUACACCGUGAAGGUUGGUGUCGGCAGUCCCGCCACCUACUACGAUUUAAUUAUUGAUACGGGGAGUUCUAACACAUUUGUUGGAACGGGCAAAAAAUAUGUCCGUACAUCAACCAGUGUCCCCACUGGACAGAAUGUCAGUAUCACCUAUACAGUUGGCUUUUUCAAUGGGACCGAAUACUAUGAUACGGUGACUCUCGCACCUGGCUUCGCCAUCACGAAUCAAUCCAUCGGCGAUGGUGUUAAAUUCACAACUUUUGACGGCGUCGACGGCCUACUUGGCAUUGGACCAGCUGAUCUCACGCAGCAUACACUGAUUCCUGACACUGGCUUGGUUCCAACCGUCAUGGAUAACGCUUUGAAGCAGGGUCUGAUCAAACAUCAGAUUUUUGGCAUUUCAUUCGCGCCGGCAAAGACUUCUAGCGACACCAAUGGAGCGAUUACAUAUGGUGGCAUUGAUCCUGCUUUUUACAUCGGUGAUAUAACAUACACUCCAAUCACCAAGACUAGCCGAUCAUCCCUCUUCUGGGGCAUCAACGUAACUCAAGCGACAUAUGGCGCACACUCUGUUAUUCCUCAGUCAACCGCCGGCAUAGUCGAUUCGGGCACAACUAAGGUCUACCUUGCGGAUGAUUUCUUUUCCAGGUACGUGCAAGCCAUUCCCGGAGCCUACUACGACGUCAACAAGACCGGCCUCGUUGUCAUCCCCAUUUCCUCCGUCGGAGGCAUGCAACCUCUUAACUUCACAAUCAACGCUCGCGCAUUCAGCUUGGAUACAGCUGCACAACUCAUCCCAUUGGACGAGUACGCCAUUUUUGGCCUUGAGACUGGUGUACGAUACAGCAUCAUUAAGACGCUCGGUCGUAACAGCGGGAGAGGCUUGGAUUUCGUCCUCGGUAUGAAGUUCAUGGAGAAAUUUUAUGUUGUGUUCGACGCCGAUAACAGUCGCGUUGGCUUUGCAUACACUAAUCACACCUUCACGAGAAACACGCCUGUUGCCGAGCGCGAACUACGUAUCACUGGGGAAUAACAAGUCCGAUAGAAUGGAUAAAUAGAGAUGCGGAUGACGCCAUGGAGAGCGCUUAGCUCCAAUGUGGUGGUUCGACUUGAUAGAAUUUGAUUUUCGACGAGGAGCCAUUUCCGAC